GUGCAGUAAAUCAUACUUGUGUUGUUUGUGUUCUUUUGGUGGUUUCAAAAUUCUGAAUUGAAUUUGAAGUCAAUUAAAUUAUCAUUUCUUUUAUUUCCAGGCUUUGGACACAUUUAACACCGCUGUAGUUUCGCCAAUCUAUUAUGCCAUGUUCACGUCGCUUACAAUUUUUGCCAGUGCCAUAAUGUUCAAGGAUUGGGUUGGUCAGAGUGCUAGCAACAUUGUUUCGGUUUUCUGUGGAUUUAUUACUGUACUUUCGGGUACCAUGGUUUUGCACAGUACAAGAGAUCCAGAAAAGACAGCGGGUGCAGAUUAUUCAGCACCACCUCAAAUAUCAUGGCGGGUCUAUGCAAAUGGCGAAAUAUGGAAACAAAAAGACAACGAUGAAUUACAACCUGAAUUUGUGGGAAUUAUUCGGCAAGAUCAUUUCAAGUAAGGUAACGGAACUUGGACAAUCUUGUCACUCGAAGCUAUCUUCUAAAUAUAGUCUUCCAAGAUUUUUUAUCAUGAACUUUAGGUUGAUCAGUGUAGGAGUUUCUAGUCUGUUUAUUGCCAAAUUUGCUUUUUAAGGAUAGGUCGGGGUACUUAUCGAUGGCAAUUGGUUUUAUUAUUUUUACUGAAAUAUAAGGGUGAUUAUUUUUUCACAUCCCAGGCUGGAGAGUAUCAGUAUGCACUAUUGUAUGAUAUUAAUUUGUUUUUGAAUCUACUCCAAAGGUAGAACCACAUUGUAUUUGUUUCUAUAAAUUAUGGCACAGAAAUGUUUAGAAUUGCUACUCUUA